CUGGCUGUCUGGUUGGCCGGUUAUAGCGUGGGUAUGUUGGAUAUGAACAGGAAGCUCUCCUGCGUCUUGAGCCACUGCACCAGCUGAGUCAACGAAUGGGUGCUCAACUCUGACACAACACAAACAGACAGACACACAGACAGACGUCAGCAGAGCAGAAGCCGAAGAGACAGAGAGAGAGAGAGAGAGAGGCAAAUGCAUGGAUUGGAUACGAUGAGCGGUGUGCGGUUGCGUGCCUGCAGGUAUGUGCGUAUUCACCUACCUGUCCAUCUGGGUGCGCAACAGUAGAGGUGGUACUCGGCCGUCUGCCACACGAAGAACGACUCGUGCUGAAACAAAGAACCAACGAACCAUACAAGGACACAAUAAGGCCAGUGGAUGGAUGGAUGGAUGGAUGGAUGGCCCUCUCUCCCUCACUGUCCUCACCCUUCGCUUGUAGAAGAGCUGACACGGCAACUUGGCUUUGGUCUUGGCCAGCAAUGUCUUGCAGCAGUGAUACACACUAAACAACCUGCACACACACCACACACCACACACGAAACAAGUCCUGCCGCCCAUCGGGUCGUAGGUGGGGCAGCUCACUCACUGUUGCUCCCUUGCAGGUUCCUGGUAGUCUCUGCUGAAUGCCGACCCGAAGUACUGCUGGAGGGAGGGGAGGAAGUAGCCCACGUGGAUGAACGGCACACCCAAGGUGCUCAGCAAACUGUUGGCUGGACGUGACGUUGGUUGGGAUGGACACGACAACACAUGCAGGACAUGACGCACACGCACGCACUGAUGUGGAUGGGAUGGAGGCGUGCCGUGCCGUACAGCACUUUGUGUGUGUAUGUGUAAUUAAUGUACAGACACCACACCACUUAGCUUACGGAGUGCGUAUGGGCAGUAUGCGAUGGAGGUGCGGAUGGCGUCAAGGCACCCACUGCUCGACAAGGCCUGAGCCAAGAAUGAAGAAUGAAGAAUGACGCCACGCCACAACCGUGAGACAGACAGACAGACACAUCGGUUCCUAUCUGUCUGUCUGUCUGUCUGGUCAACCUACUUUCUCCCUCCCUCCCUACCUCCAUCAUCCUGUGGAAGUGCUGUGACAGCGCAUAGAACUGGUCGCCGUCCGACGUGGAUGACAGCACCACCAGACCCAAAUCGCGACCAGAGAAGUUGACGUACGCAUACAAAAACGCGCUGCACACAGACAGACAAACAGCGGCACAUGCCGCGAUGCUUCCCUCCCUCCCUCUCUCCCUCUCGUUCUCUGUCUCUGGUGUGGGUCACGCCUCGCCCCGCCCACCUGUCGUUGUAGUGUGGGAGGCAGACAGGUGUCCAUGACUCUGACUGCCGCAGGGCCGACGACCGAACCAAAUUGAUCAGAAUCACCAAAUCUGACCAUACAUGCCAAUCCAUACAAUAUGUGAACACAUACACACACACAGGCAGACAAAUAGUUCGCCACUCACUCACUUAACCCAUGAAUCGCGCCUCCCUCUGUCUGUCCGAGUGUACCCACCUGUGGGGUGCAGUUGGUUCUUGAUGACGCGUGACACGGCCAUGGUGACCACCCGGUGGUGCGCCAGUAGAAUGGCCGCCAGCACGUGGGGCUGCGGAUUCACACCACUCCCAACCGCCCUAAAGUCCUUCAACGCGUUGGUGGCGAUGACCCGCAUCGGGGGCGCCAGGGGCAGCGGCUCGAAGCUGUCAACCAGGGCGAACAUGUCCCUCCCCGACCACUCGAUCAGGUUAUUCAGCACGGCAUCCGUGCCGCCCAGCAGCGCCCUCACGUCAUAGGAGGGGCGGGCCUUGAGUGUCUUGUCGAUGCCGCGGGUGAGGAUGCAUAUGAGCUGCUGGUGGAUCCGAUCCAGCAGCUCCGCCAGCAUGCUGUAGGUGUGGAUGCGCUGGUGGUGAUGCUGGGGAUAGACGGUGGGGCCGUCAGAGGGGUGUGGGGCUGUGGCUGUGGGUGGGGUAACGGGGCAGGAGGGUGCAGUGGACGGGACAGAGAACGACUGGAGGGCGUCGAUGGACUCCUGCCAUUUGUUGCGUCCCCUGACGCCCCGCGAUAUGCUGACCAGCCAGAGUGGGCCCCGCUCCAUGAAGGCGAAAAUGUGGUCGCCCGCCUUGAUGUACCGCAGUGAGUCGGUGCCCUUGGAGUGCACAAACAGCGACGCCAUCUUGGACACAAUCGCCGACAGCGUGCCAGUGAAGGCGCUGAGGCGGUCUUCGCUGCCGUAUCGGCUCCACACGGGCUUGCCCGAGUAGGUGAAGAUGAGCACGUGGUCGUCAUGCUUGUACCAUUCAGGCACCGAGUCGUCUUCGUCCACACACUUGCUGGCCAAGUCGUAGGAGCUGUGGAUCUCAUCCACCGACUUGCGCAGAGCGAAGGACCGGUUCCGCGCCGGCCGGCCGUCGGGCAGACCCGGCGGCCUCCUCGUUUCGCUAUCGCCCUCGGGCUGCUCCCCUCCCUUGUCGCCGCGCCCUUCUCGCCUCUCCGCCAGCACCACCUCGCCAUUGUCUGUCGUCGCCUGCUCGGGCUCUGCCUGAAUCUCCUUGGCUGGUGCCUCUGCUGGCUGCGAGGGCUCCAGCGAUAUGCCCUCGAGAGGGCUGCCCUCGUUGCUGGUGGGGGAUGACUCGCCGGAUGAGCCUUCAUCGUAGCGCAGGGGGACUGAUGGGAGGGGAGGGGAAGUGCCCCACUUGACGCCAUUGGGAAGGUCUUCGGCGGAGGCUGCAAAGGGCUCAGAUGGCCGCUGGAUGUCGUCGCCCUUGCUGCCGGCAUCAGGCUCAUCAACUCGCUCCUGGUCUGUUGCUGCAGCGCUCGCUGGCUGAGUUGUGUCCUGGGUGCCGUAGAAGUCGUCACAUGAAGCAUCUUGUUCACUCUCGAGCAGGAUAUCCUCCAAACCAACACGUGGCGCCGGCUCCUCGGCGUCUUCUGCACCCUCUGUCACGCUGAGGAACGCACCCGACAUCACUGGCGGAUGGACCCGCUCCCGGUCUUCUGCCGCUGCCGCCGUCCGCAUGCCUCUUGCCGUCCGCAGGGGCGAGCCCUCUUGGGCAUAGUCAGACCAGUCAGCUCCAGCAGCAUCCUCUUCGUCGGCCUCAUCCUGAAUGACCAGCAGAGAUCUGUCCCGCGGCACUGUCGCAUCCUCAUCUGCUGCUGAAGCUGCUGCUGCUGUUGAUGGCUCCUCUGUGAUCUCCUCCUCGCCCGUAUCAGCAAAGCCGCCGGGCACGCCAGCCACACGUGCCGCGUGUGAAUCGGCUUCGCUGUCCACAGGAAGUGGCGUACCCUCAUUUGCUUGAGCCAUGCUGAGAUCUUCCGCCACAAAAGCUGCUGCGUUUUGA